AUGACUAAAUCUGAAGUAGACGUAUGUGAAGUAGACGUACAGUAUUCCAAAGUUAACCAUAUCAAAGAUGGUAUCGUGGAUUUAGCUGCCGGUACAGUGGGUGGUAUUGUAAAUGUAGCUGUUGGACAACCAUUAGAUACUGUGAAAGUUAAAAUGCAAACAUUUCCAAUUUUUUAUCCAAAAGGUAUACGAUGCUUUGAAUCAAUUUUACGACUAGAUGGUGUUCGAGGUUUGUAUGCAGGUACUGUGCCAGCUUUAGCAUCAAAUAUCGCCGAAAAUGCGGUACUUUUUACUGCUUAUGGAUACUGUAAAAAGGUGGUUGCAUUUUGUAAUGGGCGAUCAAAACUGGAAGAUAUGACGCCAGUUGAAAAUGCUUUAUCUGGUUCAUUGGCAUCCAUUUUUGCAGCAAUGGUUAUUUGUCCGACGGAACUUGUCAAAUGCAAAUUGCAAGCCCAAAGAGAAGCUUUUCCAGGAAUACCGAGCACUCCAUUGUCAAUAUGUCGCAGUUUGUAUCGAACAUAUGGCUUAAGGUCGUUUUAUACUGGUUUUUUAUCAACCUUAUGCCGUGAAACGGUUGGAUAUUUCCUCUUUUUUGGUUCAUAUGAAUUAUCCAGGUUUUAUUUUACAGCAGAAGGAAAAUCAAAGUCUGAAAUUGGCGUUUUAUGGACAGCGCUAUCUGGAGGAAUUGGUGGUGCAGUGUUAUGGAGUGUUGUUUAUCCUGUGGAUGUGGUUAAAUCGCGUAUGCAAGUUGUUGGCUCAGGAAGUUUCAUUGACAUAUUUCGCAAUAUUAUCAAAACCGAAGGUAUACGAACACUAUACAAUGGAUUAACAAUUACGUUGGUUCGUGCAUUCUGUGCAACUGCAUGUUUAUUUGUCAGUUAUGAAAACUCGAAAGUAUUAUUUAAAACAUGGUUAUAG